AUGUCUCUACGGUCAAGACCAUUGAGCUACGAGCAUUUUAGUGUCUCUUUCCCCUACGAUCGGGUGGUCCAGGUCACUUUGACCCGAACUGACAAACUCAAUUCAAUCAACAAAGCUACCAGUCGACAGAUCCAGGAGAUCUGGGAACUCUUUGACCAGGAUGAAAGCCUCUGGGUUGGGAUCAUCACUGGCACCGGCAGAGCUUUUUGUACCGGGGCUGAUCUUCACGAGUGGAAUGCUAUGAACAAAGCCGGCGUCGUCAAUAAGAUGGACGCUCCAGGUCUCGCCGGACUUCCUCGUCGAAGUGGCAAGAAACCGAUUAUCGCAGCCGUCAAUGGCAUUUGCAUGGGCGGAGGCUUCGAGAUGGUGGCAAACUGCGAUCUGGUAAUCGCAGCCUCGACCGCUAUCUUCUCUCUUCCGGAAAUCAAGCGUGGGAUCGUGCCGGUAGCGGGAUGCCUUCCGCGGCUGACUCGGUCGAUUGGAUUGCAACGUACCACAGAUCUCGUGUUGACAGGAAGGAACGUGAGCGCUCAAACACUCUACGAAUGGGGUCUUGUCUCGCAAGUGGUUGAUUCGCCCGGGGAUGUUGCCAAGGCCGCUUUACAGGUGGCCCAGGAAAUGUGCAAGAACAGCCCCGACGCUCUGAUAGUCGGCCGCGAAGGAAUCCGACUCAGUUGGGAAGCUGGAAGCGUGGAAGAUGCCGUCACCGCGUUAGCGAACGACUGGUAUCCUCAAUUGGUCGCUGGUCGCAACUUCGCCGAGGGUAUUCAAGCGUUCGUGGAGAAGCGAGCACCGGUCUGGACCAAUUCCAAGCUGUGA